GGUUAAACUGUGUAAUUAAUCCAUGGUUUACAUGCAUGCCGGAGCAGGAGGGGGGAUUCUUACACAUCACAGAUCAAUACGCUCCGUUCCACCACUAUCCUCCAGGAGAGAAAACACGAUGCUGUGCCCUCUAGGGCGCCAUUAAUGGAGAUAAUAUGACAUAGUGCUCUUUGGUUGGCUUUUCAAUAGGAAGACAUGAUGAGGUGCUCCACAUGAACGUUGUCUGCUGCUGGUACCCUUUUAUUUUAGUGCCCCUGCCCUCAAACAGCUCGAGUCCGCCACUGGCCGCAGCUCCGCGCGUCAUCCUCGCUGUAGAGGAUCUUUGACGCUACUUUAGGGGAUAUUUAUUUGUAAGUCGGGUCUCUUCUGUAAUGGAGUAGUCUCGUGUAGUUCUACCUGUUUCCACCGUACAAAAUCAUGGGGUAAAGUAUGAGUCCGUCUGUUGACUCACUGAACAAUGACUUCGUCAUUAGCACGCACGGGCGCGGGGGAUUUCCGUAUUUGAGACACUCGACUACUGACGUUACUACCGCUCCGCUGACGGCGCAGCGGAUCGACAGGCUCCCGUUCAGAUGGACCCGUCCACGUUCCUUUACGAUGUCCCCCCGGUGGUCGCCGAGAGACUGUGUAAAAUUCUGGACAGUGGAGAUGACAGGCUCGGCUGGCGCGCACUGGCUGUCCGAGUCGUACCCAGCAUGUUAGAGGUUCGCAUGUUGGAGCGCGUGGAGGCAGCCGGCCGGAGUCCCACUUGGGAGCUGCUGUGGUCCUGGGCUCAGGAGAAUCCAAGGGUGCAGGACCUGCUGAAGGUGCUGCAGGACAUGGGCCACCACAGGGCCCUGCAGCUCAUCCAGGGUCCAGCUCAGUCAGAGUCGCCUGUGCCUCCCAGCAUUCAACACGCAGAGUCCGGAGGACAGAUGUCAGCAGAUGAAGAGAAGGGAUCCUUCCAACGAGAGGAGAGCUCUGCAAGUCAAGCAUUAUGCCCCGUGAGCUCCGCCGGAGACAGUCAGCCACCUGCAAUCACUUUCCAAGACGUCAUCGAUGGAACCAGGGGUUUUCAUCAUGACAUGAGAAUUGCAGAGGGACACUUCUCUGAUGUCUUCAGAGCGCAGAUGGGAAGUAAAAAGGUGGCGGUGAAGCUUUUUAAACAGACAAAUAUGGCGUCAUGGAAGAAGCUGUGGGACGCCUUCAGGAGAGAAAUGGAAAUUCAUCAUUUGUACCGACAUCCAAACAUCUUAGACCUGUUGUGCUGUUUCUCUGAUGAGGGCCGCUACUGUCUGGUCUAUCCUUACCUCCCCAACGGGUCGCUCUUCCACAGACUACACCAUCAGGACGGAGAGCCCCCUCUCUCCUGGCAGCAGCGCCUCGCCAUCAUUAAGGGAACUGCAAAGGCCUUGCAUCACCUCCACACAGCUCAGACCAGCCCGGUGAUCUGUGGCAACAUCUCCAGUGCUAACAUACUCCUGGACGACGCCCUGCAGCCCAAGCUGUCCAACAUUGGGUUGGCUCGUCUCCGUCCUCAUUCAGCCAAUCAGAACUGCACGGUCACUCUGGACACGCGGUCCCACAGCAACCUGGGAUACCUCUCUGAGGAGUACAUCCGAGACGGCAAGCUGUCCGUCAGCCUGGAUGUUUACAGCUUCGGAAUGGUUGUAAUGGAAACAGUAACAGGACGGAAGGUCACAGAGGACGUAGUGAAACAAACCUCCCUGAGAGACCUGCUUGUAACCGAGGUGGAGGACAGCGGCGGUGUGGACUCUUGUCUGCAGUUCUUGGAUGAGGCGGCCGGCCAGUGGCUGACGGCCGUGGCCCUCGACCUUCUGCGUCUGGCCUUGGACUGCGCCGCUAGCCGCCACCGCAGCAGACCAAGCAUGGAGAAUGUACUUCUUGCAUUGAGCAAGCUGCUUCCUCCACCUAGCUGCCCCCCCGCCGACCAACCCCACAGCCUGGACGACAGAGACCCUUAUGAUGCCGAGCCGAGCCCCCCACCCUCCAUUCCCGUAGAGCACGACGAGCAGCGCAGCCCCCCCGCUUCUCCAAUGCAGGCGGGGGCGCGUGAAUGCAGCCAGUCGGAGGUGACUUAUUUGAGUGACUUUGGGGGGGCGGUGGACCUGUACAGCAGCUGGCCCGUGCAGUGCAGCUGCCUUGCUGAGACCGGCAGUCUAACCUGCGAGGACUGCAGGGCCAACGGCUUCACCAGCGACAGCACAGACGGCCCUCAGACUGAAGCUCUUGUGGUGGACAAUCCAGCCAAGGAGAGACUGAGGAACAAACUGAGUCUUUACGACAGAGGGCUGAUUCACACGCAGGAGCUCUUCUCUGAGAUGAGCCUACAGUCCACAGCAGACCACGAUUAGACUGCUUCAUAAAGCUACGGUGAUCUAAAGUCAUAUUGAUUUCAUUCAGACCAAUAUUUAAUUAAAAAAAAGAAACAAAACUUUUAGAAAGAUGCUGAAUAAAAGAUCAUGACUGAGAA